AUGGAACAUCCACAAAUAUACAUUGAUCUCAAAAACUAUGGUCAAGAUCAAGAUCAUAUUACACAUGAUGAAUUGACUAUAAUUGGUGAACAUGCUCAACAAAAUAAGAAUUAUAAUAAGUAUCAAAAUAAUAUUGUUGAAACAAUCGAUAUAGAAGAUAAAAAUCCAAGAACUAUAAAAUCAAAUUUAGAUAAUGACUUAAAUCAAACAUAUAAUGAAUUAAAAAGACUUUAUGAUGAAAAUAACUUUAUGCAAAUUAUGUUCUUAUUACCUAAAAUAGGUAAAAUGAAAUUAAUACCACCUGUUUUCCAUUUAAUUAUAGGUUGUUCAAUGAUUCAUUAUGGAAGAGUUUCUUCAGCUCUUAGAGAAUUGGGAUUUGCAAUUUAUAUGGCACCAACUGAACAAAAAAGAAAAGAUUUUUUAAAAGUAUUAGCUUUUACUUUUGCUGAUUUAAGAAUGACUAAUGAUGCUUUAUCUUGUAUUGGUGAAUAUUUGGAUUUAUCAAGACAAAAUUUAAUUACACCAGAUGAUUUCGAUAGGAUGAAGAAAGAUGUUAUCGAAUUGCAUACUUUAGUUUUGGAAAGAAUUGAACAAUCAAAAAUGAAUAAUCAACAAAUAAAAAUUCAAUCAUUUGAAGAUCAAAUCAUGAGUAUCCCGCCAAACAUUCAAUCUGAAAGUAGUACUUUUUUAGGUAAAUGUCGUUUGAUUAUUCAAAAAAUAACUCAAUCUGAAAAACUUCUACAACAAUAUCAACAAGAUAAAUUUUAUCAAAUAGUUAGAAAUAUCAUUAAUUCAAUUUUUAUAUUUGGACCAACAGAAAGUUAUCUACAAUUGUUGAAAAUGGAACCAAAUUUGAACAAAUUUUGUGAACGUUUAACUAUUCAACCCAAGAGAAAAGUUUCAGUCUUUAGUAAUAGCCAUCCAAGCAGCUUAAAUAAUAAUGGUAUAACCACUCAAAACUUGCAUAUAUUGAUGGAUCAAAUUAAAAUCAUUAAAGGUUUUAUAUCAAUGUUAAGACACGAAUAUAAAGAUGCAUAUAAUUAUUUCAAUGAUUUUGAAAUCAGUAAUAAUCAAAAUAAUGAAGAUUCUUAUAAUAAAGUUAUGUUUUUGAAAUAUAUUUGUCAAUCUAAAUUACCUAGUCUUACAAGAAAAGAAUAUGAGUUGAUUUAUGAAAAGCUUGCAAAAAUUCCAAUUAAUAUAAGUUUAAAAUAUAAGACCAUGGGAGAAAUUGCUCAAAAUAUACAUGAUUAUGAAAUUAAUACAUCAAAGAUUAAAAAAUCAUUAUUAAAAUCAUCUUCAACUAAUUUCCAUGAUUUAGCUUUAAAAUGUUAUUUAUCAAGUGUUGCAUUAUUAGACGAAGAUGAUCUUUAUAUUGGAGAACAUUAUGAUUUGAUUUUAAAUUUCUUAGUCAAAUAUGAUCCAAAUGAUUUAAGAGUAAUUUCAUUCUUUUUUGAAGUUAGAAACUUGUUUGUUUUAAUUUCAGAUUAUAAUUAUUUACAUCAACCGGAUUUAAUUUGUGAUUGGAGUGAAACUAAAACCAAUCAAAAAUUAUUGCAUUCUAUUCAAAAUUAUUUGGAAAAUAAUCAAUUUCUUGAUGAUAAUGAUGAUGAUGAUGAUAUGUUGGGUAAUGGUGUGACUAAUAAUCUGAAAUCACAUUUUAAACAAUUUGAUCCUAUUAGCUAUUGGAUUAAAGAAUAUAAAAAAUUUAAAGCAGAAAGUGAUUUGAAAAUUGAAAUUAUUUGUAAAAUUGUUGGCUACCCUGAUCCAAAUUAA